AUGUGGUUCGAGAUUCACUCUGGGAUCGCCAUCAUGGCCAUGUGCUUGUUCAUCCUGCGAAAGGCCACUGUGCGCAUCCACAGGUUCACUAACAGGGGCAAGGAAAAAAUGGUUGCCCAUUAUUCGUGUCAGUGGAACUUGAUGGAAAGAGAUAGGUGCAUCUCUGGAGUUAAUCGUUACUAUGUGUUAAAGGGUUUGGAGAACAUUGAUUAAGGAAGCAUUUUCCUGAUGGAUGAAAAAUAACUCAGUUAUGCUCGUCUACCCCUGCUAGAAGGUUAUGCA